AAAUCUGAUCAAGAAAUAUUAAUUAUUCUAUUUUGUUUUUCAUCAGUUCUGGCAAAACUUCUUGCCAUUCUUUGUAUUAAAUGUAAUCGAACAGAAAACCAAACACAUGUACGUUAUCUUAUUAAAACAACAAUCUCAGUAAUUUUCGAGAUUUUUGAUGAGCCUGCAUUUCUGGACAGAUAAACUGUACAUCUUCAAUCUAUAGUCAGUACAUUUUAAUGAGCAAUCCCAGUCAUUUCGUUAUUUAUGAGCAGAUGACAGAACUCUACCGAAAUGUCCGGACUUGCUACCCAAAUGAACAUCUUCUCGGUAACGAGAACGAUGUUGACGUUGGGCCCAGCUCUGGGAUUUCUUGUCUACAUGUAUUCGAGUAUCUUGACUAUGAGGCAAGAUAUCGUCGACAGAGACAACAGGGUCAAAGAUGUUCCACUAAUCGAGCUACGGAAGUCCUACGACUUUAUCGUAGUAGGCGCGGGGAGUGCCGGAGCUGUUGUAGCUAAUAGGCUGAGUGAAAACCCCUACUGGAAUGUUCUGCUGAUAGAAGCGGGGCCAGAUGAAGUCACGCUAACAGACUUACCUCUGAUGUUUCCGACUUUGCAAUUAACGUUCCUCGACUGGCAAUAUAAGACAGAACCUGGCGCGAACUAUUGUCUCGGCCUAAGGGACAAGCGUUGCAACUGGCCAAGGGGCAAAGUCCUGGGCGGGUCCUCGGUGCUAAAUGCUAUGUUGUACAUCAGAGGAAAUAAAAAGGAUUACGACAGAUGGGAGCAACUUGGAAAUCCCGGAUGGAGCUACAAAGAUGUUUUGCCAUAUUUCAAGAAAUCAGAAGAUAUGAGAAUUCCCGAAUUACGCGAUGACCCGUACCACGGCAAAGGUGGAUACCUGUCAGUCGAAAAUUUUAGAUACCAUUCUCCCAUGGCACAAUGGUACUUAGAUGCGGCAAGGGAACUAGGCUACGAUGUGUUGGAUGUAAACGCUGCCCAACAGACUGGGUUCACUUUGUCACAUGGUACCCUCAGGGAUGGGCUACGGUGCAGUACUGCAAAGGCGUUCCUCAGACCAAUCAAAGAUCGCCCUAAUUUGCAUAUAACCAUGCACUCUACUGUAGAAAAGGUGCUCAUCCACAACGACACAAUGCAAGCAUACGGAGUGGUAUUCGACAAAUUUGGUGUUAAACGAACAGUAUAUGCAGAAAGAGAAGUGAUAUUAAGUGCUGGUGCUUUGAGCUCCCCUCACUUACUCAUGUUAUCUGGUGUUGGACCUAAAAUCCACUUGGAAGCACAUGGAAUUGACGUUCUGGUGGACUUACCAGGUGUUGGUCAGAACUUACAGGAUCAUGUAGCAAUGGGAGGCACAACAUACUUGUUCGAUCCGCACGAUGAGAACAAGACCGCAAUGUAUAGUUUCCAACUGCCAGAGGUGUUCUCUACAGAAACAAUAAAUAAAUUUGCACAGAAUCAUGAGGGGCCAAUCUACUGGCUACCAGCAAGCGAGGUCAUGGGUUUUGUAAAUACGAAGUAUCAAGACGAAAAAGAAGAUUGGCCAGACAUACAAUACUUCAUAACAGCGUAUGCUGACAGUACAGACGGAGGCUUGUUCAGUAAGAGAGCAGUCGGACUCACAGAUGAAUAUUACUCAGCAAUUUACGAAGAUAUUAUUUAUAAAGAAGCAUUUAAUAUCCUAACAUUGCUUCUGAGGCCGAAAAGUAGAGGAAGGCUACGUUUGAAAGAUAAGAAUCCUCAUUCGAAGAUUUUGAUUUAUCCAAAUUACUAUCACGAUCCUCGGGAUAUCAAAGUCAUGGUGGAAGGUGCCAAGAUCGCACAUAACUUGACACAAAUGCCAGCGUUACAAAAAUACAACACCACCAUAAAUGCUUUCAAGAUGCCUGAUUGCGUACAUCUCGAGUUUCUUUCAGACGAAUAUUGGGAAUGCCAGGCUAAGCAUUACACCUUGACGAUAUAUCAUCCUAUUGGAACCGCUAAAAUGGGACCCGAUGAUGAUCCUAUGGCAGUUGUGGAUCCGCGGUUGAACGUCAGAGGUGUGAAAAACCUAAGAGUGGUGGACUGCUCGAUAAUGCCGUACAUCACAAGUGGCAAUACGAAUGCACCUGUAAUAAUGAUAGCUGAAAAGGCUUCUGAUAUGAUCAAGGAAGACUGGGGUGCACUUAACCGAUAUUAUGAUUCCGAUGAAGAAAGUCCUGAGGAUCAAGAACAAGGUGUUUUUGCUCAAGGUAUCAUCACAGCACUAACUCAUUACAAAAGCUUGUAUAUCGAGAUAUAAUCUCUUUACUUCUAGAGUAAGAGGGUCUUGCGAAUGGAGUAAGUGUUUUGGAAAAGUUGUAAAUUUUUUUGCAAGCUGAUUCGGAACCGCUGUUCAAUAUAUUUUUGUUCACACACAUUCCUGAUUAAGCUGUUACAAUACAAGCUUAUUUUAAAUUCAGAGAAAAAUUAGUUUUUUGUAAUUUAAUAGCAACUUAAUAAACGAUGUUUGUUAAUUUGAUUUCAGUCGUAUAGAAUGAUUUCUAUUCAUUUAUUGCAACUAACAACUCACUGAAGGUGACCUGAAAUAGAUUGACUUAUAUCUUUGAAAGUUGCAAAUCGUAUUGUGCAUCCUUACUAAAAAUAACUAGAUCUAAAAUUUAUCCAAAAUUCAAUCUAAUCUGGAUGACUGUGUAACAAACAUUUUUUUCAAAAAUACAUCGUUUUCACCAUUUUCUGAAAUAGCAAACAAAAUAAAAGAUGAAAAAGAG